GUACAUCCUACGAAUCCUGCACGUCUAGACCAACCGAUUUACUCACAGCCAAGGUGACUGCGACUGAACAUCCCUAGACAUCUGUUUGAUGGGCAUGACGGGUCAAUUCCAUUUGGUCAGAGGUGCAGCGCUGUGACAUAAACCUACAUUCAGAGCCAAACCCUAGUCACAUUCCCAGCCCAUCAUCUUCCUGACCCAGAAGCUGCGCACCUAUAUAUUUCCACCUGGCCUUUUUCCUCCUCGUCUCAACCCAAGCUUCCACAAGCCACUCAUCGAGCACCGACUCGAACUGCGACAAUGACGACUUUUGUAGCGAAGCUUGUGGCUAAGAAGCUCUUUCAGGAAACCGCGGCCAACAAGGGCGGGAAAGAGGACCCAUACUUCGAGACCAUCCCUGCCACAAGAUUGGGUGGGAUAUACAAGACCUCGAAAAAGCGGAAGCGAGCACUUCCUCCAGGGCUUACACCCGAUGAGGAGAAAGUACUUACCAAGGCCAAAAGAAGGGCAUAUCGAGUAGAUCUCUCGUUAGGUUCAUUCUUAGGCGUUCGGUUUGGCUGGGGUUCAGUCAUUGGCUUGAUCCCUGGCAUCGGCGAUGUCCUCGAUCUUUUCUUCGCGCUCUUGGUCUACCGGACAAUCAUCUCGGUCGAGGGAGGCCUGCCUAGUAGUGUCAAGAUGAGAAUGAAGUUCAACAUCAUCCUUGAUUUUCUCAUUGGCCUGGUUCCCUUCGUGGGCGACAUUGCCGAUGCAGCCUACAAGUGCAACACCAAGAAUGUCAUCAUUCUCGAGGAACAACUGCGGGAACGUGGCAGGAAGCGUCUCAAGGGUACACCACAAGCCAAUGUCGCUGACCCUAGUCUUCCCGACGAGUUUGACUAUCAGAAUGAGGAACGUCUCUUGGAACAAAAUGGGCCACCUCCCCGAUAUGCCUCGACACGAGAAUCGAGACGAGAUAGAGAUCGUCGAGAUCGAAGAGAUGAUCGCAGACGAGAUAGGGACCGAGAUGGAGGUUUCGACCUUGAAGAGGGACGAAGUGUUUCAGCACCGCGACCGGCUCGAACUCGCUAACCAAGCCUCCAACUUGGAGUCGACAUGCUGAUGGUGCAAAUGAAUGAUGCAAGCGUUGUAUGUGGGUUUGCGAUCCUGUUAAUUGCCGCGUGGUGAAAGGGACGGCGUUCAAGUUGGCGGGAUCUCGAAGACCCUUUCGAAUCCUUGUACUGUCCUACAUGCAGACACUUGUAUUCACAUCGACUGGAACUUGAUAUCCUGCUUCAUUCUUAGGCAUCCAUAACAAAGAAGGUUAUCUGCAGCUUCGCCGUUGAUGAUUGACGACGGUUCGCUGCACACCAAACAGAGUUGUGAUUGUCCA